CUGCCUCCCCCCUCCCUCCCGCCUCUCCUUCCUCCUCCCCACCUCCCCCCACUUUCCCUUCCACCAUCACCAAAACCACACGCAUCUAGGAACCAGAGGCGAGGCGGAGCAAGAAACCGCCCCGAAUCGAAUCGAGUCAAAGUCUCAACUCUCCUCGCCAAAUCGGUCUCCUCUCAGCAGCCUCCCAUUCCGCCGGGCGCUCGCCGCCGCCGCCGCCGCCGGCCGCCAUGAUCAUCAAGACGCUGAAGGCGCGCAUCCUGCGCGCGCUCAAGUCGUCCCUCCCGGCCGCGGGCGCGGACUCCCCGCCGACCAAGCCGGCCGCCGCGUCCGUCCACGCCGACGCCUUCUCCGACGACGCGUCCUUCUUCGACGCGCGCGAGCCGGAGACGCCCACCAAGGGCCGCCGCCACCCGUCCUCCUCCCCGGAGCCGCUCGACGCGUGGGAGCUCGUGGACCAGGACGGCCGCGCCGUCCCCGCGCCGCCGGCGGGCGACCCUGCCCCUGCCCCCGACCCGCUGCUGGGCUUCCCCGCCCGGUGCCCGCCGGGCGGGGAGCGCGGCGUGGUGCUCUACACCACGACGCUCCGCGGCGUGCGGCGGACGUUCGAGGACUGCAACGGCGUGCGCGCGCUGCUGGAGAACCUGGCCGUGGCGUUCCAGGAGCGCGACGUCUCCAUGGACCGGGGCCUCCGGGACCAGCUGUGGGCGGUCACGGGAGAGAAGGCCGUGCCCCCGCGCCUCUUCGCGCGGGGCCGCGACGUCGGCGGCGCCGCCCAGGUGCUCGCGCUCCACGAGGAGGGCCGCCUCGUCCCGCUGCUGCUGCCGUCGGUGGCGGCGCCCGACGAGAAGCCCCCCGCCGCCGGUCGCGGCGGCAAGUGCGAGGCCUGCGGGGGCCUGAGGUUUGUGGUGUGCGGCGAGUGCGACGGCAGCCGCAAGGUGUUCGACGGCGGGCGCGGCGGCGGCGCGCGGUGCCGCGGGUGCAACGAGAACGGCCUCGUCAUGUGCCCGCUCUGCUUGUAGGCAGCUAGCAAUCCAUGUCCAUUAGCGCUCAGUUAAUCACCUUCAUCUCCCUCCACUUCUACUCAGUAAUGAAUCCAAUCCUCCUCCUCCUGGCCUUGCUGCUUUUGUAAUUUCCAAUCCAGUUUCCUCUUCCAUUAGUUCUCUGCUACUGCUAGUCGAUGUGUUCGAGUGGUUGGCGUGUCAUGUACAUACUUGUGAACCUUGAUCAAAUGUGUGAUGUAUAUAUGCUAGUUUAGAUGUCCACAUCAAAAUCCUCGCAAAA